GCAGGCUGUGCUUCAGUCCGCAGACACGGCAAGAUGCCACGCAAAAUUGAAGAAAUAAAAGAUUUCCUGCUUACAGCAAGGAGGAAGGAUGCCAAGUCCGUAAAGAUCAAGAAGAACAAGGAUAAUGUCAAGUUCAAGGUGCGUUGCAGCAGGUACCUGUACACCCUCGUCAUCACAGACAAGGAGAAGGCCGAGAAGCUGAAGCAGUCCCUGCCCCCAGGUCUGGCUGUGAAGGAGCUCAAGUAGAGGACCAUCUUUGUGUACAGUAAAUUGUAAUAAAAAGAGGAAAACCAUUUUGUCUUGGUUAUGUUGUGCCACUACAGUAAAUUCUGUUUAUCUAAA